AUGGUAAUCAUACGUAUCACAUUGAGCAACCUACUGAGGGAGAAAGGAGAUUUGUGCCUGGAACUACUUCGUGUAGACAAAGGAAUAUACCCCUUUGAUACUUCUCAACCAAUUGGUAGUAUGCAGGUGCUGCUCCCCCACGCUAGUAAUUACCCCGGUUCCGCUCAAUUUUAUCUUUUUGACGCGGCUACGAAACUCGGUUUCGAGCAGUCCGUUAACUUAAACUACAGUGAAAAUCAUUGGUUAAACAACACUCCAUGCCAGUAUCUGUAUGUGUUUUUGCAACAAGCACGACUGGAGUAA